AUGGCCGACGAGGACCCGAGUCCCGUGUUUUGGGAGAGCCAUGUGUAUAACAAAUCCGAUAUUAAAAAAAUAAAAGACAAUGGAUUUAGCUAUUACGAUGAUGCAACAAUUUUCAGGUAUCUGUUUUAUAGCUGGUUCAACAAAUGGGCCUUGGCACUCUCGAGGAAGUAUAUGGAACCUUAUAAGGUACACCCAAUACAAGUUUCAGAUCAGAUUUUAAAAUGGGAACCAAUAUUUUCUAAACAUGUCAGUGACGGGUUAGUAAGAUUGGAUGUUCGCGGGUCCACUAAGAAGUCCCCUAACCCCUACCGCUCUAUUCUUUUUCGAGCUAUAUUAUUAACGUCAUGGAGAAAGUCGAUUGUUUUGUUUUUAGGGCUCGUAUUAGGAAACGUUUUGAGUUUAAGCAUAUCCAUUCUGAUAAAAAAAUUGCUUGAAAUAUUGAACGACCCUUCGAUUCAUGUAGGCUACACGAUAUUGUUGUUGCUGGCCAUAAUAACACUUCAGAUAUUCACGGGAGUUCUCCUUGAGAAUAUAAAUUACUAUGUUUACAGGAUGAUUUACACACUCCAUUACUUGUACGGCAUAGUGCCAUAUCGUCACGGUAUGUCCCACAGGCGCCUAUACUACAACAACAUCAAUGGAUCCAACUUAUUGAACACCUGCAACCAGGUACUUCAUAGCUUUUCGCCUGAUUCGCCCUGUUCCAAGAACCCAUUAUUCUGUCCAGCUCUAAGAUAUCAGACCAAAGAAAUGACUCCCAAAAUUUUCACCUACGUGUUUUACGAUUCGUUCUACAUCGCAAUGGCAUUUGAGUCAACUAAAUUCAUUGUACAAUUCUUAACAAAUUUUAUUUACGGAGUGUUCCUGAUGUCGAAACAUGUCAAGGGUAAUUUGUGGGUAUUAUACGUUACCGGAGGUUUGUUCCUGCUAUUUAUGGUUGUCAUUGAGAUUUUCAAUGCCGUUAUAUUUAAGUACAUCCUAUACAUGAGGGACUACAAAGUUACUAAGUACACUAAUAUCCUCGGCUCACUAAGUAAUAUUAAAAAAAUGUUCUGUGAUGACAUUGGAUUUAAUAUAAUUACUAGGACCAGGAAUAAUGAGCUUUCGCUAAUUUUUGUUAAAAUUUUUAUUACAUUCCUUAAUAUGUGUUCAUUUAGCACAUCUAUUAACAUAUCGUUUUACAUUAUUAAAAUGUAUUUUGUAAGGUCGGUCAAUAGUGCUAAUGAAAUUAAUGAAAUUAACCCAGCAGCUUUUUUGGCAACGUUUUACAUAUACAUGGAAAUAGUCAGUUCUAUGUUUAUUAUUCCCAGGUCAAUCAACAUCAUUGGAAUGGCUUACGUAUCUUACAAGCGCGUUAACACUUAUCUGAAAAAGUGUGGGCCGAAUUUUUACAACAAGGCCAACUGCUUUACUGGCUUUACGCAUGCUACGUCAGAAUUAAAUUCAGUGACAAACAAACUUCCCAAUGAAGUUGUCGUCUACUACAAGGAAGCCACCUUCACAUGGGUCAACACACGCAACGACCUAUUAAACAAGAACUAUGAACCAAUGUUGAAAAACGUCAACUUUGAACUAAAACGUAGUGAGAUGGCUAUUGUCACAGGUGUUCUGGGUUCAGGUAAAUCUAACUUUAUCAAAUCAAUGCUUGGUGAGAUGACCCUGGUUGGGGGUUCCAUGGCAGUUAUUCCUCUACACACAUCUAUGCCUAUAUUCUAUGCUUCUGAGGAUAUAUUCCUAAAACAGGGUACCAUUAGAUCCAACAUUACAUUUGGUUAUAAGUUUGAUGAAGAAAUAUACAACACUGUGUUAAAGGCAGUUGAUCUUGAGUUUGACAUAUCAACCUGGGAGAAUGGUGACCUCAGGGUAGUGUCAGAUAAGGCACACUCAUUGAGUGGUGGUCAGAGAGUGAGAGUAGAAAUGGCUCGUGCAAUAUAUGCUUAUUUGAUAUUCCACAAUGUAAACAAGGAGUAUAACAACAGCCAAUGCUCGUUCUUGAUGUGUUUGGAUGCCUCGUUUCAUGGUCUAGAUCCUUACGUAUCCAAAAACAUUUUCAAUAACCUGUUUAACCUUAAAACUGGGUUACUGUCAAAGAAUGAUCUGUCAGUUGUUUUAACAACAUUGAAACAGAUCCUGGAUACGUGCACCAAGUCAUGUGAUUUAGCCCAAUUCCUUAACUGUCCAAUUUAUAACAUAAAAAACAAAGAAAUAAAAUUCUUUAGUAACUUGCACGACUUUAUGAAGAACAAUAAGCACGAGGGCAACUUCAACUAUUUGACAUCUGCUAUAGCCGGACACUACACCCUUAAUUGCCUAAACAAAGACAUGCUCACUCUGUGCGCCUCGGGCUCAAGCUCCAGCUCCGGCCGCCCUGAGAAAAACAAGGAACUAUACCGGUAUUCCUUUGUAAAUUACAUCAAAGACAACUUUAAACCAGAUAAGUUCAAUCCAUAUUUUGUAUUUAUGAAGCCUGCACCGUUCUUAUUCACUAUAUAUAUACUACUCACAGUGGCAUUAAAUGUUAUGGAUUACGUUAAAUUCGUUCUGUCGACCAACUUGUCAGACUACAUCACCAAAAACAUCAACGAUCACAACAAGGGGACCAUAGUGGACCUUGCUGAGAUUAAAUCCCGCAGUAAUUCGGCACUAAAAGUGACAGUAAUAUUUGUAUCAGUAAUUAUCGCAUUGUCCUUGUUGGCCACUUUAGCCAUUUCCGCGGCUUCUUUGAUUUCAUGUCGGAAACUUCAUGAAUACUGUAUCACAACAAUUUUCAAUUAUAGUUCUUCUGUAGUUCAAAUUAAGAAACAAAUUAGUCAAGUUAUCACAUACCUUUCUUGCGAUCUUAUGAUGACUGAUGAUAUUACAGGGUUAUUUAUUGCUUUAUUCUUAUUUUCAUCAAUUCAGACUGUCACCAACUUAAUUACUUUGUUCUUUGUAAUUCCAAUUUCAAUUCCAUUUAUUUUCCUCACUCUAGUUUUGACAUACAUUUAUGUUAUGAGGAGGUUUAUAGGUACUGCAGUCAACUUGAACUAUGGGUUUUUGGAAUCACUUGUUCACCUUAACUCUGUUAUCGAACGUUCUAUUUCUGGAGGAUCUGUUUACAGAAGUUUUAAUAGGGAUUCGGAUUUACUCCGAGAGUUCAUGGAGCAGAGGGAUUACAAUGCUCGAUCGAAGUUCCUCUUUGCUGCUGCCGUCUCGUGGUCAACAAUCUUGUUUACAUGGAUAUUCUCAUUAACCACAUUCAUUAUACUGGUAAUCCCAAUCAUUCUGGACAAAUACACCAAGUACAAUAUGAUGGUUGGUUAUUAUGGUUUGGCCCUAUCUCUUUCCAUGAACGUCAUCAAAUCUUUCAGCAACUUUUCGUUUAUGUAUGGUUGUACUGAACAACUUAUGGGAUCAAUUGAGAGGUUCCGAUAUUUCAUUCCUCCGGGUCAAAAGCUCAAGUUCGACAAGUGUCCCAACACCCAUGAAGAAUAUGUAGUUAAUCCUGCGAAUAAACAUGUUAGUGAGAUGGAUAAAAAACAAUUGUUAAGGAGAAGGGCCAUAGAAUUUAAAGUUGAAAACAAAAGGUUUUAUGCUUUGAGAAGACUAUUCUACCAUCCUAAAUUACAUAUCCUCGAUGUCAACGAUUACCUAACCCAUGAUCGCACAGGUGUCCAGCUGAAAGACGUGUGUGUGUACACAACACCCGACCUUAACCCAGAAGGCAUGAUUCUAAAACACUUCACUGUGUCAGCUGGUAAAUCUGAGAUCAUUGGUAUGGUUGGAAGAACAGGCGCCGGCAAAACCACACUACUAUCUGUACUGCAGAACUUAUCGACUAAUCGUACAGGUCAGGUGUUGUUGGAUGGCAAGGACCUGAAUGAUAUCCCCAAGGUUGUCCUUCGACAGAUUAUAGGUGUGUUGCCACAACUGCCAUUUGUGUUCAAGGGUUGGACUAUUAGGAGGUUCCUUGAUCCGAGAAAGCUGUUUAGUGAUGAUGAGAUAAAUGAUGCGCUUGACCAGUCUGGUCUUAUGAACUUCGUAAAUGAACUACAGGGCGGUAAGAAAUUGGAUACGGUAUUGGUUCCAGAGGAGCCAGUGUUGUACUACCGGAAAUCGAAGAAUGCGCAAUCCAUACCAAAGCGAUACAAUGACGAAUCCUCAAGCUAUAACAAAUUGACAGAGCCGAAUAUCAAUUAUGAUAUGCUGUUAUCCUACAAUCAGCUUAGAAUAUUGUAUUUGGCCAGACUUGUGUUAUACAGGCACUUCUUUAGGCUUAUUGUAGUUGAUGAACCACCGGAGGAAGAUACCGAAAAAGCCGACGUCAGAAAGGAUGAUCUUUCAGUUCCAAUUUAUGAUAUUCUACAGAAAAACUUUAAUCAUUGUACUACCUUUGUGGCUGCACAUGAUGUUAACGUAUUAAAAUCUUGUACCUCUGUGUGGGUGAUACAUGAGGGGUGUGUAGUAAAAACGUGUAAAGCCAGUGAAGUAUCCGCAAAUGAGUCUAUCGCAUCUAUUAUUGAGCAAUACGUUAAAAGGAUUUAG